AUGGCCGACUUCCUUCAGAAAGUGCCCGUCCCAACUCUGGACCGGCCGUUUGGCGUCCACCUAUGGCCCAUCUUUGACAAGGCCUACGAGCAGCUCAUGGGCUACCCUGCCAGCGAGUUCAACUUCGUCGAGGGCGUGACCCCUAUGUCCACCUUCAAGGAGACCGCGACCAUGCUGGUUACCUACUACAUCAUCAUCUUCGGUGGCCGUGAGGUCAUGAAGAACUUCCCCGCCUUCAAGCUGAACACUCUGUUCAUGAUCCACAACUUCGUCCUGACCGCCAUCAGCGCCAUCCUCCUGGCUUUGUUUGUUGAGCAGCUCCUGCCCACCAUUGUGCGCCACGGUGUCUUCUACUCCAUUUGCGAUCACCGCGGUGGAUGGACUCAGCCUUUGAUCAUCCUCUACUACCUGAACUACAUCAACAAAUACGUCGAGCUCCUGGACACCGUCUUCCUUGUCCUCAAGAAGAAGCCCUUGACCUUCCUCCACACCUACCACCACGGUGCCACUGCCCUGCUUUGCUACACCCAGCUGAUCGGCCUGACCGCUGUGCAAUGGGUCCCCAUCACCAUCAACCUGUUGGUCCACGUCGUCAUGUACUGGUACUACUUCCAGAGUGCCCGUGGUAUCCGCAUCUGGUGGAAGAAGUACAUUACCAUGCUGCAGAUCGUCCAGUUCGUCAUUGAUCUCGGCUUCAUCUACUUCGCCUCCUACACCUACUUCUCCUCCGCCUACUUCCCCUGGGCUCCCAACAUGGGCCAGUGCGCCGGUGAGGAGUUCGCUGCUUUCGCUGGUAUUGGUAUCAUUACCUCCUACCUGCUGCUCUUCAUCUCCUUCUACAUUGCCACCUACAACAAGGCCGCCAAGGUUGGCCGCCCUCGCAGCAACACUGGCAAGAAGUCCCUCAUCGACAUGAAGAACUUCGAGGUCCCCUCCCCCGCCGGUCACUCCAACGGCAGCGCCAAGGGCUCCAACGGCUCUGCUAGCUCGACUGGCCGCUCCAACGGCCCCGUCACUCGCUCUCGCAAGGCUUAA